UGGCCCAUCAUCUUGACGAUGGCGACGCUGCAGCUCGACGCACGGUACCUUGCGCCUGGGUCGGCCGCUGCCUUUGUGUCCAAGGGCCUCGACGUCAUUCAUCUCAAUCCCGGCGGUGACUCGUGGCACCUGGACCGCUCGACGUUGGCGCCGCUCCUCACGGACGCAGUCGAGUUCCAGGCGCUGGAUGCCAUGGCAGACGACCAGCCAACGACAAUCGAGUACGAAAAUGAGACGCUACGGAUUCACACAAGCUUGCUAUGUGGCGUACGAGUCAACCAAGUCCACCUCGACCCGCAGACGGCGUGUGUGUUGCGCCACGGAGACCGGAUUGCGUUUCUCAAGACAGCUUGUGGCGGCGACCUCGUCGUGUACCGCGUGGCGAUCGCUGACGGCGAUGCCGUCUCUGAUGCGAUGCUACUGAGCGCACUGGCUACUGCACCUGGAAAGACCCAGCGCAAAGACGUGGAUACGAUGACCGAGCAAGUAGCGUCGGCCGAGAGCUCGUCGCGUGUGGCCAAGCGGCCACGACUGUCGUCGUUCUCUGCAGCGGAUGGCGGGGUGCGCUUUGAAUUGCAUCUUGUAAGCGACUCGUUGGCACCGUCGUCGGCCGCGGCCUUGACGCACCACCGUCUCGACAUUUUGCGUCUCGGGCCGCACAAUCGGCUCAUGUCGUUUGGCCAAUCGCUCGUUGCCAAGCUGCUAUCAGACCCAAUGGAACUGCAAGCGCUGCACGACCUGGACGACGAUCACUGCCUCUUUUUGAGCGACCGCCAUGGUAUCCUUCGCAUCAUGGACACGAGUCGCGUCGGGAUCCGCGUCAACGCCGAGCGGCUCGAGCCGUAUACGCCCCGGCUUCUCGAUGUUGGUGACACGGUCGUACUUCUCAAGAACGUGCGGGGCGGCAACCUCCUCUCAUACACUGUCAGGGCCGCUGUACCGUCAACCUGUCGUAGUAGCGCGACAUGUCAGCGCAGCACGACGCCAGCGCCGGUCGCAUCGCCCGGUUUCGAGCACUCAGUCGUGUCGCUGCCGCCCCAGAGGCAACAGCUCUGCAUCGUCGACGACUGCGAAAAGCAGCUUAGGGCACAAGGCCGCUGCGAGACGGAUCGAAACGAGCGGCUUCGAUCUCACAUCGCGGGAUGUGACGUCAACGGAGUAGACACCCGUGGCGCCGAUCGCAGUGUCACCGAGACCGCCACGUCGCAGCGCACUUUGGCGGAAACGACAAGCAUUGUCGACCCCCGCGUGCAGGCAGGUGACUCUGUGCAACUGCAUCACCCACCACCCAUGGUGUUUUUCAUUCCCUUUCCGAUGCCCAACGCGUGUGUGCCGGUUCCGCAGAGCGAGUCCAAGACGACGCCGCCGCCGGCAGCCCCGUCCAAGGUAAAAGCCAAAGCCAAGAAGAAAUCAACGACGCCAGGUCCGAAAAGGAAUCUCCGUCCGUGCCCGCACUGCGGCUACAAGAACCGUCGCCAUGACACCCCGAGCUCGUCGUCGUGCGCCCUCUUCCAGUUCUACAAGAGAGGCAACUUCUCCAACAGCUCGGGUGUGCUGGCCUAUGACCGAGCGAUUACCGCGUUCGCCAAACUCCGCAAUACGACUGCCAGACAGGAUCAAAUUGAAUACAGGGUGUAACAUACUAGUCCAUAUAUGCGUCACUAACGUACUGUACCCCGAAC